CCAAUAUCUAUCUCUAACUGUGCGGCGGCUAAGGUAAAAGAAGCGAGGGAGCUAGCCUGGGAAGGAAAGACGAUGGAUCCGUACUCAGGAGGAGGAAGCUGGACAAUGAUCCCCAGCGUCCCAACCCACAAUAACGUAUCUACUCCCACCAAUCAAGACCAUCUAUACCUCUCUCCUCCACCACCAUCACAACAACAACAACAAUUUCAUCCUCAACAAUUCCAACCACAGCAACAACAACAGCGUAUGUUGCAACAACAACAGCAAGUGCAGCAGAAUCAACACCAUCAAUCACUAGCUUCUCAUUUCCACCUAUUACAUUUGGUUGAGAAUUUGUCUGAUGCAAUUGAUAAUGGAACUCGGGAUCAACAUUCUGAUGCUUUGAUUAAUGAACUGAACAAUCACUUUGAGAAGUGCCAGCAGCUUUUAAACUCGAUUUCGGCAUCAAUUAAUACCAAAGCUAUGACUGUUGAAGGACAAAAGCGAAAGCUGGAGGAAAGUGAACAAUUGCUUAAUCAAAGGAGGGAUCUGAUAGCCAAGUAUAGAAGCUCUGUCGAAGACCUUGUGAAGACUGAGCCAUAGUUGCUUCCCAAAACACUCCAUUAAGGACAGGUCAAGAUCUUUCUGUAUAACUCUGAAAGAUCAGAAGGAAACCCAGAGAACUUGUUCCCAUAGAAUUUGAUCAGAUUCAUCUCUUUGUUCAGCAAGUAGAAAUUUUUAAUAUCUUGUCUAGGUUGUUCUUCUAUCAAAGAUUUCCUUUGGAAUGAGAUCAUGUUCAAAUGCAACUUUUGUUAGUGAGCAACCUUGUCAACUGAUUUGACCUUCUUUACUGGAUUAUUUAUAUCAUGUAGUUUUGC